CGGGGCCGGCCCUGAGCGCGGUCCCGCCCGGCGCCUUCCUUCGCGGAGCGGCGACCCGAGCGCGGCCCGGCCGAGCGCGCGGAACCCCACAGACUGCGCGCCGCGCUCCUCGCACCCCGCCCGCCCCCGCCGGCUCCAGCCCCGCACGCGCCGCCAAGCCCUCGGUCCCCGCCGCGUCCCCGCUCCGUCCUCGCUGCGCCCCCGCUGCGCCCCCGCUCCGUCCCCGCUGCGCCCCCGCUGCGCCCCCGCUCCGUCCCCGCUGCGCCCCCGCUCCGUCCCCGCUGCGCCCCCGCUGCGCCCCCGCUCCGUCCCCGCUGCGCCCCCGCUCCGACCCCGCUGCGCCCCCGCUGCGCCCCCGCUCCGUCCCCGCUGCGCCCCCGCUGCGCCCCCGCUCCGUCCCCACUCCGCCCCUCUGUGCUCCGCUGCGUCCUGGCCGCAGAUCCCCGGCGAUGCAGCGCGCCGCCGCCUGGGCGCUGCUCUUGGCCGCGGCCCUGGGGCUCGGGGUGCGCGGGGUGCGCGGCGCGGUGGCCCUCGCCGACUUCUACCCGUUCGGCGCGGAGCGCGGCGACGCUGUCACCCCCAAGCAGGACGACGGCGGCUCGGGGCUGCGGCCGCUCUCCGUGCCCUUCCCGUUCUUCGGCGCCGAGCACUCCGGACUCUACGUGAACAAUAAUGGGAUCAUCUCCUUCCUGAAAGAGGUCUCUCAGUUCACCCCAGUGGCCUUCCCCAUCGCCAAGGACCGCUGCGUGGUGGCAGCCUUCUGGGCAGAUGUGGACAAUCGACGGGCAGGUGAUGUGUACUACCGGGAGGCCGCUGACCCAGCAACGCUGCGCAGAGCCACAGAGGAUGUCAGGCGCUACUUCCCCGAGCUCCCGGACUUCUCCGCCACCUGGGUUUUCAUAGCUACCUGGUACCGCGUGACCUUCUUUGGAGGCAGCUCCUCUUCCCCUGUCAACACGUUCCAGACUGUGCUUAUCACUGACGGCAAGUUCUCCUUCACCAUCUUCAACUAUGAGUCCAUCACAUGGACGACGGGCACACACGCCAGCAGCGGGGGCAACACCACGGGCCUGGGGGGCAUCGCAGCCCAGGCCGGCUUCAAUGCGGGUGAUGGGCGGCGCUACUUCAGCAUCCCCGGCUCCCGCACAGCGGACAUGGCGGAGGUGGAAACCACCACCAACGUGGGUGUGCCCGGGCGCUGGGCGUUCAGAAUCGAUGAUGCCCAGGUGCGCGUGGGGGGCUGCAGCCAUACAACCUCCGUGUGCCUGGCCCUGCGCCCGUGUCUCAACGGCGGCAAGUGCAUCGAUGACUGCGUCACGGGCAACCCCUCCUACACCUGCUCCUGCCUCUCAGGCUUCACAGGGAGGAGGUGUCACCUGGAUGUGAACGAAUGUGCUUCCCAUCCGUGUCAGAACGGCGGCACCUGCACACAUGGCGUCAACAGCUUCCGCUGCAGGUGCCCGGCCGGCUUCAGGGGGCCCACCUGUGAGACAGCACUGUCUCCAUGUGACACCAGGGAGUGCCAGAACGGUGGCCGGUGCCAGGAAGAGCGGGGCUCGGCCGUGUGCCUGUGCCUGACCGGCUACACGGGCGCGGCCUGCGAGACGGAUGUGGACGAAUGUGCCUCCAGCCCGUGCCUCAACGGGGGCUCGUGCGUCGACCUCGUGGGGAACUUCACCUGCCUGUGCGCGGAGCCCUUCGAGGGACCUCGCUGCGAGACUGGAAGCCAACCAGUGCCGGAUGCCUGCCUCUCAGCCCCUUGCCAGAACGGGGGCACCUGUGUGGAUGCAGAUGAGGGCUACGUGUGCGAAUGCCCCCAGGGCUUCACCGGGCCUGACUGCAGGGAGAGAACCCCUGACCACUGUGAGUGCCGUAAUGGUGGCAGAUGCCUGGGGACCAACACCACCCUUUGCCAGUGCCCCCCAGGCUUCUUUGGGCUCCUCUGUGAAUUUGAAGUCACAGCCACUCCCUGCAACAUGAACACGCAGUGUCCCGACGGGGGCUACUGCAUGGAGUACGGUGGGAGCUACCUCUGCGUCUGCCACACGGACCACAACGUCAGCCACUCACUGCCCUCACCCUGCGACUCAGACCCCUGCUUCAACGGAGGCUCCUGUGACGUCCACGAGGACUCCUACACUUGCGAGUGCCCCCGAGGGUUCCACGGCAGGCACUGCGAGAAAGCCCGGCCACGCCUGUGCAGCUCGGGGCCCUGCCGGAACGGGGGCACGUGCAGGGAGGCGGGCAGCGAGUACCACUGCAGCUGCCCCUACCGCUUCACCGGGAGGCACUGCGAGAUCGGGAAGCCGGACUCCUGUGCCUCGGGCCCCUGCCACAACGGCGGCACCUGCUUCCACUACAUUGGCAAAUACAAGUGUGACUGUCCCCCAGGCUUCUCUGGGCGGCACUGCGAGAUAGCCCCCUCCCCCUGCUUCCGGAGCCCCUGCAUGAACGGGGGUACCUGUGAGGACCUGGGCCCAGAUUUCUCCUGCCGCUGCCGAGCAGGGUACAUGGGACGCCGGUGCCAGGCGGAGGUGGACUGUGGCCCCCCGGCGGAGGUGAAACAUGCCACGCUGCGCUUCAACGGCACUCGGCUGGGCUCGGUGGCCCUGUACAAGUGUGACCAAGGCUACAGCCCGAGCUCCCCCAGCCACGUCCGCGUCUGCCAGCCGCAGGGUGUCUGGAGCGAACCUCCACAGUGCCACGAGACAGACGAGUGCCAAGCGCAGCCAUGCCAUAAUGGGGGCUCCUGCAGGGACCUCCUGGGGGCCUUUGUCUGCCAGUGCCCUGCAGGCUUCACUGGAGUCCACUGCGAGACAGAGGUGGAUGGCUGCCACUCCAGCCCCUGCCAGCACGGAGGCCGAUGUGAGAACGAUGGCGGGGCCUACCUGUGCGUCUGCCCAGAGGGCUUCUUCGGCUACCACUGUGAGACAGUGAGUGACCCCUGCUUCUCCAGCCCCUGCGGGGCCCGUGGCUACUGCUUGGCCAGCAAUGGGUCCCACAGCUGCACCUGCAAAGUGGGCUACACAGGCAAGGACUGUGCCAAAGAGCUCUUCCCACCAACGGCCCUCAAGGUGGAGCGAGUGGAAGAGAGUGGGGUCUCCAUCUCCUGGCGUCCACCUGAAGGCCAGGCCGCCAGGCAGAUGCUCGACGGCUACGCGGUCACCUACACCUCCUCGGACGGUGCCUACCGCCGCACGGACUUUGUGGACCGGAGCCGCUCCUCGCACCAGCUGCGGGCCCUCGCGGCCGGCAGAGCCUACAACAUCUCCGUGUUCUCGGUCAAGCGCAACGCCAACAACAAGAACGACAUCAGCAGGCCGGUGCUCCUGCUCGCCCGCACACGACCCCGCCCGGUUGAGGGCCUUGAGGUCACCAACGUGACAGCCAGCACCAUCUCAGUGCGGUGGGCUCUGCACAGGAUCCGUCACGCCACCGUCAGCAGCGUCCGCGUGUCCAUCCGGCAUCCUGAGGCCCAGGAGGACCAGUCCACCGACGUGGACAAGAGCGUGGACAGGUUCACGUUCGGGGCCCUGCUGCCAGGAAGGAGAUACACCAUCCAGGUGACUGCCCUCAGCGGGCUUGGGGGACAAGAGCCUCCCACCGAGAGCCUGGCCUCGGCCCCACUGCACGUGUGGACUCGGCCCCUGCCGCCAGCAAACCUGACAGCCGCCAGAGUCACAGCCACCUCUGCCCAUGUGGUCUGGGACACCCCCACUCCAAGUACCUUGCUGGAGGCAUACGUCAUCAACGUGACCACCAGCCAGAGCACCAAGAGCCGCUAUGUCCCUAACGGGAGGCUGACGUCCUACACGGUGCGGGACCUGCUGCCAGGACGGCGCUACCAGCUGUCGGUGACCGCCGUGCAGAGCACGGAGGGCGACCAACUGCACAGCGAGCCUGCUCACCUCUACAUCAUCACCUCCUCGAGGGACGGCGCCGACAGACGCUGGCACAGGGAGGGACUGCAUCCCCGGGUGCUCAGAAACAGACCCCCGCCCGCACGCCUGCCAGAGCUGCGCCUGCUCAGUGACCGCAACGCGCCUGAAACCCAGACCCCGGCCCCCAGGUUCUCAGAGCUGGUGGACGGCAGAGGGCGAGUGAGUGCCAAGUUUGGGGGCUAUCCUGGCAAAUCGGCCACCGUGAGAUCGCAAUCCACAGCUCCAGUGCACCUUGAGAACACGGAGGAGACCCCCAAGCAGGUGCCUGAGCAGGUCAGCCUGGCCCUCCAGCUUCCUGAACACAGCAGUGACAAGGACAUGGAAAACACCCCUGGGAACUGUUCAGAAAACCCCUGUCAGAACGGAGGCACCUGCGUGCCAGGUGUGGACACCCACAGCUGUGACUGCAACCCGGGAUUCAAAGGCAGACGCUGUGAGCUCGCCUGUAAAAAGGUGCCCCAGCCCUGCACUCGGCUCUUCUCAGAGACAAAGGCCGUGCCGGUCUGGGAAGGAGGCGCCUGUCACCAUAUAGCCCCCUGGAAAGAUCAACAGCAGCACGGGGGAACUCGAGUCUCCACCCUGCCGUGAAGUCAUGACAUUCGUGCCUCAGUUUCCCCACCUGUAAAAUGGGCUGUAGAGGGAGAGCUUGCCUGGCUCACCUCAUAGGACCUUUCUUGCUAACACUCUGUGACUCUGUGGUUCACACUUACAAUCUAUUCAGUCAACAAAUUCUCACAGGCACCUACUGUGCCAGGCACAGCUCUGGACACUCAGCACAUGCCAGUGAACAGAACCGGCCAAAGCCCUGCCCUCGCGAUCCGCACAUUCCAGACGAGGGAGGCCGUACACAAGGAGCAGGAGGAUGUUACGUAGUGUUCUAGAAGGUGGUCAGGGCUGGGGAAAAGGAAGAGAUGAAUAGGUGGGCCCAGGACAGCCAGGGUUGGGGACAGGCAGGGGCCGGCUGCAGCAUUAAACAGGGUGUCAGGGGAAGCCCCACGGAAACAUGACAUUGAACAGACAUGGAGGGGGUGAGGGAUAUCUGAGGGAAGAACAUUCCAGAAAGUCAAAUUAUCAGUUGCCAAGGCCCGAAAUCAGAAGCAUGUCUGCUUGUCUGAGGAGCAGGUUGGGGCUGGAGGGGAGAAAGGGGGGGCCGUGGUCAGGCAGGGCAGGGGGAAUCCAGCAGGGCUUUGGAGGCCCUUGGAAGGACUCUGGCAUGUGUUCUUUUGAAACGGGGAGCUGCUGAGGAUGCCAAGCCGAGGAGUGAGCUGUUGGAUUACGUGUCUGAAGGUCACUCUGGGUGGGAUGCAGGAAAGCCAGGCAGAAGGCUUGAUCUGAACUUGGACAUGAAGCCAGACUUACCCCAGAGCAGGAAAACUCAGGGCAUCCUGAUCUGCACUGGGCCCUGAGGAUCCAUGUGUACAGACCAUCUGAUUUUGGGUUCUGUGGAAUGGCAGUCCUAAUCCACAGUGCCUCGCCCCCUUGUUCCAACUGUACCAGUGACCCCAGUACCUGCUAGUGACCUGCUGGGACCACCAAGUACCUGAAGACAAGAGCCCCGGACCUGUCAACAGCUUCCCAUACUUUUCACUCUAACCCAUAUGCGUCUGAACGUCAGGUUCUUGUAUUCAGCUUUACAUCUGACAUCUCUGGUUUUUACUGGAGUGUCUAUAUCAUUUACAUGUUACUGUAAUGACCGAUGUGAUUGGGUUUAAAUGCACCAUAUUGCUGUGUGCUUUCUAUGUGUCCCAUCUGAUCAUUUUUCCUUUUUUUCUCUUUUCCUGCCUACUUUGGGAUUAAUUAGGCUUCUAACUUGCCAGCACUGUUGGUUCACUGGUUAUACCUGUCUGGUCUAACCCUCUAGUGGCUUCUGUGGGUUGCAAUAUGCCCCUGCAACCCCCCCAUAUUUGCUGGCUGUGCUCUCCCACCUCAGUGUCCCGGAGGGGCCCCUGCAGCAGCGGGCUCCAUUUCCCCUCACACUCCCAGCUCUCCAAGCUGGACGCGCUGCUCGCACAUAGUCCAUGACCCACACAGUAUGGUAUGUUUGACCCCAAAGACAACUAUCCUUGUAAAAACUGCUGAGAGUAGAACGUCUUUUGUUCUUCCUUCCGUGUUUGCCAUUCCCAGUACCUGGAUUCCUUUAGAGACCUGAGAUGCCCUCGGGUACCACUGGCCUUUGCCCCCAGAACUCACUGUAACAUUUCAUGUAGUACAGAUCUGCCGGUGAUGAACCCUCUCUGCUUUGGUCUGUCUGUAAAGGGUUCUAUUUCACCUUCAUUUUUGGAGGAUCUGUUUGCUGAAUAUAGAAUUCCUGCCUGACAACUGUGUUUUUCCCCUCGGCGCUCAAGAGCGGCCAUUUCCGGUCUUCUGACUUGGCAGGGCUGUGCUCAUUCUCACCCACGAGUGCGCGCCUGGCCCCGUGACUGCCCUUCCAUCCCCUCUUUACUACCGUUGUUGGGAAACUAACUGUGGUGUGCUGAGCCGUGGCCGUGUGUGUGUGUGUCUGCUCACAAGAGCUUGCUAAGCUUCAAUCUCUGGGGUCUUGGCUUUCACCAAAUCUGGAAAAUUGGGGCCAUUAGUUCUUCAGGUAUUUUUCCCAUCCGUCUGUUUCUCUCCUCUCCUGCGACUCCCGUCACACAGGUGUCAGACUGACGCCGUCCUUCUCUCUACUUCACUGGGCCUCUGCGUUCCAUGGUCUGUCCUCGGCACUGUCGUUAGAACCUGCCACUCAUCCCAUUCAGCGAGACCUUCACUUCACACUCUGGUUCCUCUCAUCUCUAGAAAUCCCAUCUAGUCCUUUCUUGGAUCCUCUGUUUCUCUUCUCAUCACUGAACAGGUGGGAGCAAAUUUGUAGCACAUGUUUUAAGGGUCUUGUCUGCUAUUCCCGCCAUUGCUCUCACCUCUGGGUGUCUUUCUAUUCAAUUAUUGUUUGCUGCUUAUGGGUCACAUUUUCUUGAUGCUUUGUAUGAGCCUUUGAAUAUCUUGUCAUUUUUUGGUUGGAUGCUAGACAUUUUAACCUUUGGGUCCUGAAUGCUAAAUUUUGUGUUUAUUUCCCAGAAUGUUUAGUUUUGUCUACAAGGCGGUUAAUUUUAGUCUGAUCCUUUGGAAGCCCCUUUUAGGGUGGUUUAACCUUUAUUCUGGGUUAAUUUUGCCCCACUUCUAAGCCAUGGCCUUCCCGGAGUUUCUGUCUUACGAAUGGACUGCAGCAGCUCUGCUGUUCAGCAUCUCGGUGGUUCUCCUUGCCCAGCCUCACAGGGUCCUACCUAUGCGCGCACAGCUUCAUCUUCAGGGGAAUCCCUGUCCCGGCCUCAGGACAUAGCUCCCUCCUCUCCAGUGCCCCACAGACUCCAGCUGCCUCUGCCUCCUCCAUGCAGUGUGAGCCCAGCUUGGCUUCUACCACCCUGCAGUGUAAUCCAAAAAGUGCUCCUGGACCGAAUUCUAGGGAGAUCACAGAGCUCAUUUCAUGUUUCCUUUCUCUCAAGAAUCACAGUCUUGCACUGCUUUCUAACAUCAGAAAAGAACUGCUUUUCAUAUUUUGUCCAAUGCUCUGGUUGUUCAUACUGGGGGUUAAUUCCAGAUCCUGUUACUCCCUGAUGGCCAAAAGUGGAAGUCUCACCAAAGGCCUUAAAUCCCAAGGGCUCUCCCACACUGAGGAUGAGUUGGAGCUUUGCCCAUCAAACUCCCUGGAUCUCUCUUUUCAACAGCUCUGACGUUUGAGAGCUUUAACAAGAACAAAAACACUUUCCUAUUCCAUUACCAUCUACAGAUUUGUGAGACAGGUAGUAUGAGUAACAACCAUUGCACACGAAACUGAGGUCUAAGCUCCAGAGACAUGCUCAAAGUGGACUAGUUAAUGAAUGGGAGGCAGGACUAGAGGUCGACACUGCCCACACUGAACACCUGCAUCUCCAGGGCUCUCAAACUUCUCCAAGAACUACCCACAGGACCCAGGAGUGGGCUGGUACUGACUCAAGUCCAGCACCGACUGGACUGCCUCAAGCAGAACACGUCCUUGGAAUUUCUUAUUCUAUCUCUUAAUAUCACAAUAUUUUGUCCACACUCCUCAAAAUGUACACUUAGAAUGGAUGUAUCUUAUGUAAACCAUACCUUAGUGAAGUUAUUUUUUUUUAAUUAUAGGACUUUUAUGUUGGACGUUUUAACACGUCCCUAUGAGGUAAAGUUUUAUUAAGAAAACAGUGGCCUUUCCCUCAAACACCCGCACAGUGACCUGUGGGCGAGCACAGCCUAGCUGAAGCAGCUGGGCAACAUUCUGCUCUAGGUUCUGGCUUUACACCACUUUCUCACG